AUGAAUAGCGAAAGCAUUUCCACACGACUUCGUAAAUGCAAAAGUAUCACUGAACAAAAGGAGGACACACACACGAAAGUAUGUAAUGAUGAAGGGAAGGAAACACACAAUACAAUAUUUUCAAAUGAUGAAAAAGAAAUUGGCAAAUUGGGUGUUAUAGAAACGGACGAAGAUACGGGUGCUGAUAAUUAUGAUGAUAGCUUUUCCAUAAAUGAAACAGACAAUUAUGCCGCUAACGAAGAGGCGUGCUAUGAUGCUAACGAAGAGGCGUGCUAUGAUGCUAACGAAGAGGCGUGCUAUGCUACUAACGAAGUGGAGUGCUAUGCUACUAACGAAGUGGAGUGCUAUGCCGCUAACAAAUCCGCCUAUUAUGGAGUGCAUCAACCGAAUAACAGAACUGACCCACGAACAGAACGAGAAAUAGAUGGGAAUCAGUUUAAAGAAAGAGGUUUUUAUAAAAAAAGGAAAGGGGAAAUGCAAAAUAUGGACCAUGGUCAGAAUAGCAAUUAUACAAUUAAUAACGAAACUAUUAAUACAUCCAGAUUAUGUGAACUGAAAGAAAUAUAUCAAUUAGGAGAACAACGAAAAAAGAUACUGAACAAUUUUAAUGAGUUAUAUUACACAAAGGGACAAAGUAUAACAAACGCAUUAAUAGAAAUAUUUGAAUUAAAUAUUAAUGAUGAAAUUAUUUUAUAUAUAUUACAAAAAGUGUUACAUGUACAUGGGUUAUGUGUACCAUGUUAUAAAUUUGGUAGUAAUAGAAAUUCUUGUAAUCUUAAAAUCAACUGUAAGUGGUGUCAUCAUUAUACUCAUCUUAAUGAACACUCACCAUUACAUCCUUUAAAGAUGUUACACUUUAAAAAUAAAUGUAAAGUUUGUAAUCAUUUUAUAGAAGGUAGAUUUUGCUUCUUACUAAAUGAAUGCCAAUUUUGUCAUUCCAUUGAUCAUCUACCGAAAAAUUUAAAAAAACAUUAUUUCGAUAUAUUAAAUAGUUUGUAUAAAAAAAGAAAAUAUGCGCAUGUGAUUACAAAGGACCUGCUUGAUCACUUGGGGAGUGAAAAAGAUGAAGUCAGCAACUUAGGCGAUGUAACCAAAGACCUAAUGAUUUUAUUCGACAGGGAUGAAAAAAAUAAAGGCACUUAUAACAACAUUGUUAAUUAUAAUAAUGGACAUGAUGACUACAAUAAUGAUCAUAAUAUUGGGGGUGAUGAUUGUAAUGCUGAGCGUGUUAGUGAUAGUGAUAACUACAGUUAUGAUCCUAAUAAUGGAAGUGCUUACUACAAUGGUAAACAUAAUAUUGAUAUUAAUGACUACUCUAAUGACCGCACUAACUGCAAUAACCGCAGUGAUCGCGGUACAGAUUCUGUUAUAGUCAAUUUAUUAAACAGAAACAAUAUGUAUAGUAAUACAAAAAAAUCAUAUGAUACGUGUAACGAGUGCAGUGAAGGAGGUAGGAAGCCAUGUUCGAAUCAUUUUCUUUAUCAAAAGGAUUGUCAUUCUAACUGUAAUAAUUGUCAUAAUGAAAUACAUAAAAACAAAAAUUCUAAUUUAUAUAUCUUAACAUACCAUCAUGAUAAUAAUAUGUGCAUUGUUUGUCCAUCAAUAAAUGAAGCCAAAUGCUCAUGUGAUCAUACCAGUAUUUACUGUCAUCACACAGAUCAUAUAUCCUACAAGAUUAAGGUUAAAAACGUUUUACACGAUUGGACAUUUUCUCUGCGUAAUGAAUUUUGCGUUACUCGUGAGCAGAGGAAAAGUAUUCCGGAGAAUGAUCUAACUGAAAAGGAACGCGGCACUGUACAUGAACAUAGAGUUAGAGAGUUAAAGGAAUAUGUCCAUGAUGAGGAAAACGAAUUAGGGAACUUCACCCACAGCAGGCACAUGGAAGUAAGGAGGAAGAGACCAUUGUAUGAUUCUACUCACAACGAAAGAGAACAUAAUAAAUCCCAUAAAAAAAGGAGGAAUAAUAAUACCACUACUACUACUGCGAAUACUACUAACACUACUACUGAUGCUACUACUGCUAAUACUACUGCGAAUACUACUAACACUACUACUGAUGCUACUACUGCUAAUACUACUACUACUACUACUACCAAUAAUAAUAAUAACAAACAGUAUGAUGGUGAUUUAAGAAGCCAAGAUGUAGAUCCAAUUAUGGAAAAGAGCAACGUUUACAUGGAAAACGACAGUGGUAGUGAUAAAGAUUAUGUAUUGUAUGUACGUGAUAAGACAUAUGAUGAAGAUGAACGAGCGGAAAAAAGUAUAAAAAAGGAAAAAUAUAAGAAAGAACAGCCUUAUAAUUUUGGGCAUCCCACAAAUGAAGGGAUAUAUUACAGCAGUAAACACAGAUCCAGUACGUACAAUAAAGGAGGGAAUUACAGUGAGAACAGAAGAAAAUAUGAUGAUAAGAGCAUAUACAAUUUACAGAAAAGGAAAAUAAAUUAUAUGGAAAAACAGGUAGAAAGAGGAGGAAUACAUGCGGAAGGUCUUUAUAACAAUUUUCCACAUAUAGCCAAAAAUUAUUCCUUGUACAGCGCAACACGGUGGGAAAGAAGCGAGUAUAAGAAGGGCACACAGGAGAGACGUGUUCACGAGAGGAGCAAACAUAAGGAUAAACAUAAACAUAUAGACAAACAUACGCAUAAACAUGGGGUCAAGGAUGAGGUUAAAGAUAAACAUACAGAUGAAUAUAAAUAUAAGCGGAUACAUACAAGAAACGUACCCCAUGGAAGUACCAUAAACUGCGAAGAUGCGAAAUGGAAAGGAAAAAACAGCCACACAAAUUAUAGUAAAGUUAAUGAAAAUUUCAUUGAACAUGAUGAAUCUUUAAAGAAUGACUCGUGUGUAAGAGUGCAAGAGAGAAACACACCUAACGAAGAAAGGGAUAAACAUGAUAAAGUAAAUAGUAAGGAAAAGGAGUAUAGCAACCAGUACAACAACAACGACAGUAGGACUUGUUUAACGAACGAGGAAAGGAACAUGUUUAGUAAGAAUACAUAUGAGGGAAAAUGUACAGGGGAAACUUUAACUGAGUGUGUAAAUCAUGAAAAAACCAUACAGGAUUACUUGAGUACUUAG